UCUAGCCAAGCGGGUUGCUGGCGUCAAAAAAAGAAAGAAAAAAAAAAGAAGAGAACGGAAGUUCGAAACUCGAUUCGAAAGUUCGAAAGACCGUUAGCUCGAAACACCAAAGAAAAUACCGCCAAAUACCGAAAAGAAAACGAAUCCGAAAACCGAAAACGAAAUCGAAAUCGAAAUAUUGCAUUGCGCAUACGCCGCGUGUGUCAGGCCUUAAAAAUCUAUCAGGAAAUAAAAAAUAAAAACUAAAUUAAAUACAUAACAAAAAAGGCAAAAUAAAAAAUAAUACAAAAAUAAAAUUACAAGGCAGCUGCAGCUUUGAGUGUUAAAGCACGUGUAUUAUCUGAAGUUGUUUAUUUUUUUUUGGUUUUUGCCGUUCGGUUGCUUUCAAGUUGCACUAGAAAAUCGCAUAAUGUGUAGAACUGGCGCCCUCUUACUGGGCCUAUUCGUAGUAUUAUGUGGCAGCCUUAUAGCGGAUACUCAGGCCAAUGCAUACCCCGGCAACGAUAGCAGUUUUCUGACGGCCUCCCUGCGGUAUUUCGACGAGCAGCUGCUCCUGGACAUUCUGCCACGUGCCUCGUGUCCAGGCGAAGAUGAGGGCUCUCCGAUGGACGAGUUCGCCGACCUGUUUACGGUGGAUCAACUCCGUCAAGGCUGGGUGGCGCUGCACGUCUUUGGGGCGAUAUACUUCUUCAUUUUGUUGGCCAUCAUCUGCAAUGAUUAUUUCCUGCCAACGGUGGAGUGCAUCUGCGAGGAUCUACAUCUGUCCAAGGAUGUGGCAGCGGCCACUUUUAUGGCCACGGCCACCUCGAUGCCAGAGUUCUUUACGAACACGAUAAGCACCUUGAUUCUGGACUCUGAUAUGGGUCUGGGCACAAUUAUAGGCUCCCUGAUGUUCAACACUUUGGGCGUGGCUGGACUGGCAGCCUUGGCCAUUGAUAAGCCCGUACAGCUGGACUGGUGGCCCAUAGCCCGCGACUGCUUCAUCUAUAUCUUCAAUACCAUUAUCCUGCUGGUUUUGGCCUGGGGCGGCAGCAUUAGCUUUACGGAAUCCUGCAUUAUGAUGGGCUUUCUGGUGCUCUACUAUUUGAUUACCUUUAAUAACAACAAAUUCAUGCCCGCCAUAAGGGUGUUCAUAGAGGAUCGCAUGAACUGUUGCUUCUCCACGCGUUAUGAUCUCACAGAACCGCCAGAGAACAGUGCCAAGGCCCAAUUGCCUCUGAAAAAGGAUCCCCUUUCGGGCGAUGGUCUGUUUGUGGUCAACCUGCCCGAGAAUACCUCGUCCAUGUCCUCCACGGCCAAUCUCACACACUCCAAGCAUUGGAAUGGCGAGGACGAAGAGGAGGACGAUAUGCCCAAGAGCAUCUACAUGUAUCCGCGCGAUGCCUCCUGCUUCGGCCAGUUCUGGUGGAUCUUUGUCUUUCCCAUCAAGUUGACCUUGUCCCUGCUGAUACCACAUCCCAUGAAGCAUCGCCGUUUGUAUCCGCUGUCCUUUAUCAUGUGCAUCCUGUGCAUUGGCGGCAAUGCCUAUCUGAUUGUCUGGAUGUUGACCGCCUUUGGUGUGGCCAUCCAUGUGCCCACCAUUGUGAUGGGUCUCACAUUCCUGGCCGCCGGCUCUACCAUGCCGGAGGCGGUGUCCAGUCUUAUUUCGCUGAGAAAUGGUGAAAAUGGCAUUGGUGUGUCCAAUUCCUUGGGUGCCAACUCCUUGGCCAUUCUGCUGUCCCUGGGUGUUCCUUGGUUUAUUAAGAACUGCAUCCAUUAUGGCAGCGGUGAGCCCCAGCAGGUGGGCACUCAGGGCAUUGAGUACAAUAUCCUCAUUCUGAUCAUCUCCACGGUGGCCCUAUUUGUAGUCCUCAGUUGCAGUGGCUAUCGUCUCACCAAGAAGGUGGGCGUGGCCCUCUUCUCAGUCUAUGGAGUGUUUAUUGUCCUGCAGAUCCUCAUCGAGAUGAAUGUCUUCUUUCCCAGGGACUGCAGCACCAGCUAGGGGAGAUCGAGGGGAGAUCGAAGAGAGAUUGUGGAAGCCAAAACCUAACCCAAACUUGAACCCUUUUUGGUGCUGGCACCAGGCCGGGUUCAUUUAUAUAACUAAUUUUUGGGUAGAGCUGGUAUAACCUGGAAGGACGCAGAUCCUUGAGGACCUACCUAGACUAACCUUGUUGAUUUCUUUUUUUUUUUUUUUUUUUGUUUUGUCUAAGACUGUCUUUUAGGAUUAUUAGGAAGCUUCCAGCGGCGAUUUCUAUUUAUUUCGCCUUGUAAAUACGUAAAUAUAUACAUCUAUAUAUUAUUUUAUAUAAUAUAUAUAGUUUAGUAUAAUUCACAAAUUGUUUAAAACCGUUGCCAAAGCUUAAAACGAGAUACUAGCCUUUAAGUGAGAUUCCAGAGUUAAGCAAAGUGCCCCCACGAUAUUCGGACACAUCCAUCGAACUUCCGUUGAUAUUCCAUGUGUGUUUGCGUUUAGGAACUAUUAACGUUAUCUAAUAUAUACUAUAUAUAUAUGUAUAUGUAUACCCUUGAUACUACCAUUGU